AUGUCCGAAUUCAUAGGGUCCCGCAUAUCCCUUAUCUCGAAAAGCGAUAUCCGAUACGUCGGAACGCUCGUUGAAAUCAACUCAGAACAGUCAACAGUCUCCCUCGACAAUGUACGCUCAUUCGGUACCGAAGGCCGUCGCGGCGGCAAGGACGAGUUCGGCCCCUCAGACGCCACCUACGAACAGAUUGUCUUCCGCGGCAGCGACGUGAAGGACUUGCGCAUCGAGGAGACGCCCAAGGAGAAGCCCGCACCGCCGCCCAUGCCCCAGGACCCGGCCAUCAUUGGAGUCCAGCAGUCUCAGCGCCAAGAGAGCGCUCAGACUGCACCUCCCCGUCAACAAGAACCGCCGAACUUCCCUCAGCCCAGCGGGUUCCCGCCUGGCGGAUACCCUGGAUUUGGCCCACCUGGUGCGCCUUAUCAGAACCGCUUCGGACCGCCAGCUGGAUUUCCUGGCGCACCUGGUCCCUUUCCCCCAAGUGGACCUGGUGGUUUCGGUAUGCCCGCCCCGUACGGACCGCCGCCGGGAGGAUGGUACCCUCCUGGCCAAGGAUUCAAUCAACCUCCCGGACCAUUUUCGCCCCCAAUGCCAAUUGGUCCACCCGGACAGCAGAACCAACCCCAGAAUCAGAAUCAGCCCCCAACCGGCCCCAAAGGUGCCGCUCCAAUUGGCCCCCUACUGAGUAAAGAGGAGAAGCCGAAUGCCCAGCCGAAGGUUGCUGAAGCAGACGGCGCAGCUAAACCCUCCGAGCUCAAGACAGGCGCAAAACCAUCAGGAACCACGCCAACACCAGCUGCGGCGGUGAAACAGCCUCCCCCACCGCCUAACCAAUCGAAGCCUGAUGUCGCGGCUGCCCUUGCACCUCCCACCACACACCCAACGCAAUCCGCAGGAGCCCCAAGGACUGCACCAACCGGACCGAAGGGCGGCCGUAUAGUUCCCGCCGUCCCACUUCCUAGCCCUCGCAUGAACAAGACCACUCCGACCACCCAACCGCCAGCCGCAGCAGCCGCAGCAGUCGCGCAGCCAGCGCCAGCAGCCGCAAACACAGGCCAGCAGUACCAGAACGCGACGCAGGCGGCGACAGCAGCUGUUGCCGCCGCUAUGGCGAAACUGGAUCUCGCGCAGGGUAAGGCUCCAGCCCAACCGCUUAAUGCCAAUCUCCAGAAGCGAAUAGACGAGAUGCGGGAUGACCAGGCCCGACGGGGAGGCCACCGUGGAGGUCGAGGCGGACGAGGUGGUAGGGGUGGUCAUCAUCCAAAAAUGGAGGUUCCAACAACCGACUUUGACUUUGAGUCCGCAAAUGCCAAGUUCAGCAAGCAGGAUCUUGUCAAGGAGGCCAUUGCGUCUGGAUCUCCCCUAGGUGAAGGUGUCGCUCCUCCAACGGCUGAGCUUGGGGCCAACGGCCAUGCCAAUGCAGAAGGAGAUGAUGUCAUCAUUCCUCCCGCUGGCGCAUAUAACAGGAAGGCCAGCUUCUUCGACAAUAUCUCAAGUGAGCUGAAGGAUAGGGAAGAGGCGGCAAACCGGCGAGGCCAGGAGUUCAGGACCGAGGAGCGACGGAAGAACAUGGAGACGUUCGGUCAGGGCAGCGUCGAUGGCUUCCGUGGUGGCUACCGAGGCCGGGGCCGUGGCCGUGGACGCGGUCGAGGCUUCGGCUAUCGCGGUCGUGGAGUGCCUCGCGGUCGCGGUGGUGGCACCCAAUUUGGGGAGCAGACAGCUGCUUAG